AUGUUCUGGAUAAAAAUUAUUAGUUCUAUUCUCAUUUUGGGUGUUUUGUCUAAAAUUGAGGCUUACGAUGACUUUGAAGACUUGGAGGAUAUGGACGAUGACUACUUCGAUUAUUAUAAGGGCUAUGAUAAUGGACAAACAACCGCAACUAGUAAAGACGAUGAAUUCGCCAACAACAGAGUUAGAAGAUACCAAGAGAAGAAGAUGAUUAAAACAUUGAGUCCAAAGGAGAUUAGAGAAGUUAGAGGAGCAUUACACCAGUUGCUGUCUGGAAUUGGUGUUGAAAAUCCGUUUACCCCAUACACUACACUGUCAGACGAUUAUUCAAAUUUUGAUGAAUUUACUUCAAUCAUACCAUACUCAUACAUUACACGUGAAACAAUAUUAUCUACUUUCAACGAAUCUAGGAUAAUAACACUCGAUAAGCCUUCAACGUAUUUUACGAAACUUUUAACCAAAUCAUACAAACGUAAGAGAAUUGAAAAGAAAAAUAUAAAUUAUAAAAAAGUCACUCCAUCUAGAACACUGAAAAAUUUAAAGAAUGUUUCAAAACAGAAACACAAGAGCACACCAAUGGAUGAAGAGUUAGAUGAUAUCGAAGACUAUUUACCCGCAGCUGAUGACAGCGUUGCAUAUUUUAGAAGAGUUUUACAGACGGGUACAUCUACAACUACAACUACUACUACACAAUCACCAAAUACAACAACACAACCAACGACGACAACACAACCAACGACGACAACACAACCUACGACAACAACACAGCCUACGACGACAACACAACCUACGACGACAACACAACCAAAGACAACUACAUCAGCCAAGACAACAACACCAGCCGAGUCAACAACAUCAACCAAACCAUCAACAUCAGAUGAUGAAAACAACUCAUCAAGACUGACUGAACAGAGUUCAUCUACUGUGAUGACUUAUGAAGAAACAUCCACAAUAACAACUACAGGAAAAAUGCCAAAAUCAACUAAACGUUCGGAGCUAGAUAUACCUCGUCUUUUGGAUAUAAUCGCGGGCUUAGCAAGUGAGUUCGAAACAAAUUUGACGAGAAAAUUAAAUGAAACUUUGUUGAACAUGUCGAUACCUACGUGUUCCACCCCGACCACUGAGCCGCCGGUUACCUCGGAGUAUGAUUCCAAUUAUACAGGAGCAACUAUUGCAAAGUGUUUCGUCUGUGGCCUGGACAUCCCCGGUAUCCCGGUAGAGGCCCACUGUGCGGAUGCUUUCGCCGGUGACUUCCUUCCUUUGGUGCCUGUAGAUCCCACCGCAAAGGGAAAGAUAUCGAGGUUUAGGAAAUAUUGCAAAUAUUCAAACAUACCAGGUUAUAAGUUAAAUCGGACACAUCCGCGUAAUAUUUACGGGCGGUGGACGGGGGGAUGCGCGGUGCGGUGGAUCGAUCUAAGCGGAGUGUACACGCAGAGGACAUGUCGCAACAGAUUGCAGCCUACCAUGGGCAAGCACUAUGCAAAAUAUAGAGAAUGGUUGCAUUAUCAGUCCGAUGGCAACACUCGUGCCUCUCUCUCGGGCGGUGUCUCUGUACGCGCGUUUUCACGCCUGCGUCUGCACCGGCAGCUGGUG